AGCAGAGGCUCCGGCCCCUGGGCUGGAUCUGGCUCGGGUCCCAGUCGUGUGGUCUAAAGGUUACAGCGCCGAGCGCCCCCGGCAAACUUCGUGGGGGUGGGAGGGGAGGGAAGAGAAAGCGGCCGCUUCUCGCGAAGGCUCCGACCCGCCUGCUCCUCGCUUCCCUCCCUCUCCUUUUCCCGCCCAGUCGCUAUUUCCGAGCCCAGGGGAAGACGCCUUGCCUCCCCUCUCCCGCCGCCACCCAAAAGGAGGUGUUCCGACCUCCCCGGCGCAACCUCGGGCAGCGGACGCGCUUCCAAGACAGUGGCGAGGCCGCUCCUCCUCCUGAGGCGCGACACCGGAGUAGCUCCACGCGGUUUCCCACCCACUUCCACGCGCGCUGGUGAUCAUGACGGGGAAAGCCAGGGGCUUUGGGCGCGAAGCGGCCCACCAGAUCCUGGCCGGAGGCUCCGCGGGUCUUGUAGAAAUUUGUCUGAUGCACCCCCUCGAUGUGGUGAAAACCAGGUUCCAAAUACAAAGAGGAAAUACUGAUCCAGCCAGAUACAAGAGCCUGGGAGACAGCUUUAGGACCAUAUUCCGGACAGAAGGAUUGUUCGGUUUCUACAAAGGUAUACUCCCUCCAAUCUUGGCUGAAACUCCCAAAAGGGCAGUAAAGUUUUUCACCUUUGAACAAUACAAGAAAUUACUAGGAAAUGUUUCACUGUCACCAGCACUGACAUUUGCAGUUGCUGGCUUGGGAUCCGGGCUAACAGAAGCAGUUGUGGUUAACCCUUUUGAAGUAGUCAAGGUUAGCCUCCAGGCAAAUCGGGAUGCUUUCUCAGAGCAGCCAUCUACCUUUGCCAAAGCUCGGCAGAUUAUUCAGGCCAAUGGGUUGGGACUCCGGGGACUCAACAAAGGCUUGUCUGCUACCUUGGGACGUCAUGGAGUUUUCAAUAUGGUCUAUUUUGGUUUCUACUUCAAUGUGAAAAACAUCGUUCCUGUCAGCAAGGAUCCAACCUUGGAGUUUCUGAGGAAAUUUGGAAUCGGGCUAGCCUCAGGAACAAUAGCCUCGAUUAUUAACAUCCCUUUUGAUGUUGCAAAAAGUCGGAUUCAAGGACCACAGCCGGUUCCUGGAGAGAUCAAGUACAGGACCUGUUUUAAAACUAUGGCAACGGUCUAUAAAGAAGAAGGAUUUCUAGCCUUGUACAAAGGAUUGGUUCCUAAAAUCAUGAGACUAGGACCAGGUGGUGCAGUGAUGCUUCUGGUUUAUGAAUAUGCUUCUCGGUGGCUUCAAGAAAACUGGUGAUCAAAGACACAAGUCCUAAGGCAGCAGGUGGUUUAAAGCAAUGUCUGUUAAAAUAUGUUUCAGUAUCAAAUUGGAAGCAAAUAUAGCACAAAUAAUAUGGAUAUGGAGCCAGUAACCCAACCCACAAUUUUAGCCUGGGGCUUUGUAUAGGUGCUUUUUUAUGAAGAAAAAGAAAUUUAGAACCUCAAGCAAGCCUGGGCUUCAAACACACUAUCAAUGUAACAUAUAGUGUGACUUUAAAUGAACUGAUUUCCCCAAUUAUUAUUACAUUUAUAUGAUUUUUCUGUUAGUUCUCCUUGAGGUAGGGUAUUUAGGACACUAGCUAUCAAUCUGUAACUUUUCAUAGUGAAACAAUU